AUGAAACCAAAUUUUACUUAUACAAAUCUGAACAAGCGUGAAACUCUUUAUAAAUCUGAUGAUGUAGAAAAAAUAGUGCUUCAAUGCUACGUUAAAGGUUGGCCUGAGCCAGAAAUAACCUGGUGGAAAAAUAAUGUCCAAAUAAAUACAACUGGUAAUGACAGUUCGCAAUACAAAUUCACAAAUAAUAAUCAAGAAUUACACAUUGUAAGUUUAUUUGCAACAUAUAAUGAUACAUAUUCAUGCAAAGCUAAAAACCGUCUGGCUGUAUUAUUAUUAGUGAUCGAAGCAAUUAUCUUGAUUUAUAUAUUUUUAAAAUUACGAAGAGAAAGAAAAAUUCGAAAAAAAUUGAAAGAAGGUUUCUUGAUGUUUUUCAAAAAAAGUGCAUUGUUGCAUCCAGAAUUGAGAGUAAAUGAUCGAUCAGAUUUACUACAGUAUGAUGAAAAAUGGGAAUUUUCAUGUGAUAAAUUAAAACUUGGCAAACGAUUGGGAACUGGUGAAUUUGGAGUUGUAAUGAAAGCAAAAGCACGAGGUAUUUGUGGUGAUGAUAAAUCAAAAACAAAAGUUGCUGUUAAAGUUGUUAAAAAAUCAAUUGAAAUGACAAACAUACAAGCACUUGCAAAUGAAUUGAACAUUUUAAUGUAUCUUGGUAAACAUGUGAAUGUUGUUGAUCUACUUGGUGCUUGUACUGAUAAUAUUGCCAAACGUGAACUACAUGUUAUAUUUGAGUAUUGUCCUUUUGGUAAUUUACGUGAUUAUUUAAUUAAACGGAGGCAUAAAUUUAUCAAUCAAAUUGAUCCAUCAACUGGUAAAUUUAACAUCUCAUCUAGCUCUGAAAUUUUGAAACAAUUUACAAACUUUCAAGCCAAUAAUAAUUUCAAUUUAUUAAUUGAACAAGACAUGUCAGCUGAUAAUAUUGCUCUCAUCAGCAACGUAAAACAAUCUGUUCGCCAUUCAAAAUACAUUGGUGAUUAUAAAAAAGAUUUAAAGACAAUUCGUACUGAAAAUUUACUCGUGUGGGCAUUCCAAAUUGCCCAAGGAAUGAAAUAUCUUGGCCAGAAAAAUAUACUACAUGGUGACUUGGCUGCACGAAAUAUACUUCUUGCUAAGAAUAAUGUUGUUAAAAUUUCAAGUUUUGGUCUAGCAAAAAAUAUGGAGAAUCAUGAUUUUUAUGUAAAGAAAGAUGAUGCUCCACUUCCAAUAAAAUGGCUUGCCAUUGAUUCUCUAAAAGAUGAAAUAUUCACAACUCAAUCAGACGUCUGGUCAUUUGGUAUAAUGCUUUGGGAAUUUUUUUCACUUGGUAAAACACCAUAUCCAGGAAUGGAACUUAAAGAAUGUGUAUUAAAAGUACAACAAGGCUAUCGAAUGGAAAAACCAGAAUAUGCUACAGAUGAAAUUUAUAAUAUUAUGUUUAAAUGUUGGCUAGAAAAUCCAACACUCAGACCAACAUUUACUGAGCUUGCUGAUAUGAUUGGUGAUUUUCUUGAUGAACAAGUUCAAAGGUAUUUUAUUGAUUUAAACUCACCAUAUGUUGAUUAUUGUAAUGAUACAAAGCACAAUAAUUUGAUGAUUAAAUCUUCACAAGAUCAAGCAUUGGAAUAA